AUGAAGUAUAUGAAACGGCAAUGCUGCUUCGUCUUCCUGCCUUGCCUCCUGCUUUGCUUUCUUCCUCUUUACCGGCUCGAGUACGCUUCCCAGCUCAGGCCCUAGCAGCCGAACGGAGCCGUCCUCCUGGUUGACAAGCAAACCACUGUACUCACCCCCUUCUUCCAUCACCUCAAAAACUAUCCACAACAGUCGCGUCUCACAGAGAGAGAGAGAGAGAGAGAGAGAGAGAGAGCUGCAAUGGGAAAUUAUUCCUCAAAGCAACAACGCAAGCGCGUUAGAGACACCGAUGCUUCGAGUCCGACCAUUUCGAAGAAACAAAGACACGAAAAAUUGGUUGAAUUACAGUCAGAGCAGCGCGAGAGCGAAUCGCCUCUUCUUCUUCCCUCUUCGGACUCUUUAGAGACGAUCAAUGUGCCCUCCGCGUCCGAAGCGAAUUCUGACCUAUCCGCUUCGUCCAUCUCCGUGAUUGGAAACAAUUACCAUGUAUUCUUGAGCUUUAGAGGCCUUGACACUCGCAAAGGUUUCAUCGAUCACCUCUACCGUCAAUUCGUGCAUGUGGGCCUGCACCAUCCAAACUUCGUGUUUAGAGAUGAUGAGAACCUCUGCUUUGGCGAGCCAAUUGCUGAAAAUCUUCUCAAUGCAAUCGAGCGCUCUAAGGUUUCAAUCCCAGUCAUCUCGGAAAAUUAUGCUGCUAGCGAAUGGUGCCUUCGUGAACUCAUUCAUAUUGUGGAGUGCAAGGAAAGUAGAGGACAAAUGGUUUUGCCUGUGCUGUACAAGGUGAAACCCAAGGAUGUGAAAUUCAUGCUGGGGAAAUUUGGAGAGGCCUUCAAAUCUGGUAUGCAUCGUUUCAAGGAGGAUGUCAAGCAACAAGGGCCGGAAGCGCUCAGAAAAGCACUUACUCUCAGAGUAUACGAAUCAGAGGUGUUUGCUAGUGGGCAUGAAGGGGAAUUGGUAAAUGAACUCGUAGAAACAAUAUUGUGUCAGCAGCAAUAUGAUCUCCAACCUCAUCUUCCCUUAAACUUGGUUGCAAUCGAGGAUCGUGUGGCUGAGGUUAUGGAAUUGAUGGAUCUUGCUUGCCCAGACACUCGAAUUAUUGGGAUUUGGGGGAUGGGCGGCAUUGGUAAGACAACUUUGGCUACGAUCAUCUAUAAAAAGCUUUUUGACAAGUUUCAGUACCGUAGCUCUCUCAAGGAUAUUAGAGAAACAAUUAAGAUGGAAGGUAUCAAACAUGUCCAAUAUCUACUCAUCUCAGAUAUGACAAAAAGCCCUCCCCAUAGGGUGCAUAAUUCUGAUAUAGGGAUUGCAAUGAUUCGAUUAAGUUGUGAAAAUAAGAAGGUACUUAUUCUUCUUGAUGAUGUGGAUCAUCAAGAACACCUUGAUAAUUUGAUUGGAGGUUGUACUUUUGGGUCAGGAAGUAGGAUCAUUAUUACAUGUCGAAAUAAGGCGCUCUUGAAGUUUGAAUAUAAAAUGUAUGAACUCAAAGAAAUGAACCGCAAAGAAUCUUUGCUUCUGUUUAGUAGAUAUGCAUUUGAAGGGGAACGACCUCCCAAAGAUCUGGCGACUCUUUCUAGUGAUAUUGUUGCCACCACAGGAGGGCUUCCCUUAACUCUCAUGGUUGUAGGUUCACUUCUCAAAGGGGAAAAAGAUCAAAUGAUAUGGGAAGAGAGGCUUGAGAAAUUGAGGAAGGUACCUCAUGAGGACGUACGAGAAAAGUUGAAGAUAAGUUAUGAUACAUUAGGUCAUGCAGAGAAAGAGAUGUUUCUAGACAUUGCAUGUUUUUUUAUUGGAACUGACAAAAGAAUUGCCACCUACUUUUGGGCAGAUCUCAAAUUCUUCCCAAGAACCGGAUUGCAAAUAUUGAUUAGUCGUUCGUUAAUAAAAAUUGAUGGUGGAAAUCGGUUGAGAAUGCAUGAUCAACUAAGAGAUUUAGGUAGGAUUAUCGCCUGUCUAGCAGAGAAGAAGCCUUGGAAACGGAGAGACUAUGGGAUGAGGAAGCCAUGAAAGUUCUACGACGCAAGGAGGAAAAUGAAGAAUAUGAAAAUAUUGAGGCACUACGUCUGGACGAAAGCGGCUCCAAUGAGUUCAUGAUGCGAAAGAGCUUCAAAAAAAUGCCUAACUUGAAGUUCCUUCAUUUGAAAGCUGUGGGUUUUGCUAGAGAUUUCAAAGGAUCACUUUCUGAAUUAAGAUGGUUGAAGUGGGAGAGAUGUUGCGACUCUUUCGAGGCGACUAGUGUUCAUUUGGAGAAUUUAGUGGUGCUUGAGUUAUCAAGUCAUGAAGAUAUUCGAAAUCGUAUUAGUGAAAAUUGGAGAGGAUGGAGUUUUUUUGAAGAGGAGAGGAUGGAGUUCAAUUAAGAUGGAGAAGUUGAAAGUUCUCAAUCUUUCAUGGUUCUCGAAAUUGAAGAGCAACCCUAAUCUCUCUGCUUUUGAAAAUUUAGAGUGGCUAAUCCUAGAAGGUUGUGCUAAUUUGAAGGAAAUCGACCCUUCCAUUCAAUAUGCCAAGCGCCUCCUUAUCUUGAACUUGAGCUAUUGUAGAAGUCUCAAGAUGUUACCUAAACAACUUGGCAAACUAGAAAAUUUGGAGGAACUUGUCAUAGACAAGACUUGGAUAAAAGAAAUCCCUUCAUGUGUAGGAUCUUUAAAGAAGCUAAAGAGGCUUAGUGCCCAGUGGGAUUGGCGGUCAAAACAUUUGUCAUUAAAAAAGAUCCCUUCUUCAAUUGGGAAGUUGGGAGAGUUGGUUGAGCUGGACUUGUCAUAUACUAGGAUUAAGGAACUACCUGAAUCCAUUGGGAAAUUGAACAAAUUGAAAAUUCUGAAUAUUGAGGGUUGUGAGAUAGAAAGGAUACCGAGCUCUAUUGGAAAAUUGCAGAGCCUCCAAGAGGUCAAUGCCAUCUCAUGCAAAAAACUAAAAGGACAAAUUCUUGUUGAUAAAGGUGGAUUGUCUUCUCUAAAGACCCUUUGUUUAGGCGAAACAAAAAUUUCUGGCUUGCCGGAAAACUUACAUCAGCUUUCUUCUCUCGAGCACCUCGAUUUAUAUAACUGUCAUGACCUUCAGUCACUCCCAAAACCUCCUUGUAGCUUAUCAUUCUUGUGGCUCACCUGUCGGAGCAAUGAGCUGCCAUCGCUCUCUCACCUGAAGCAUCUACAGAAGCUCUAUCUUUGGUUUUGCAAGUCUCUUCAAAGCAUCCCAUCGCUUUCUCACUUGAAGCAUCUACAGAAGCUCUCUCUUUGGUUUUGCAAGUCUCUACAAAGCAUCCCAUUGCUCUCUCACCUGAAGCAUCUACAGCAGCUCUGGCUUUGGCAUUGCGAGUCUCUUCAAGAGAUCCCAGAGCUUCCCUCCUGCAUACGGACGCUUAGCAUUUGGAUAUGUCCCAAAUUGGAAAGGUUGCCAAAUCUUUCCGAUUUGGAAUUUUUGUCGGAAUUAGGGCUCAAUUAUUGCUAUGGGCUGAAGAAAUUGGAUGGACUGGAAUCUUUAAAAUCCCUAAGAGAGUUGCGCCUACCGCUAUUAUUUGCUGAAAUGGUGGAUCAUCUCCAUGCGAUAGAAGGCCUUGAAAAAUUGGGAUCCCUGGAAGUGGUGGAUAUCUCUAGGCGCAAGCACAUUCAAGUACUGGACCUUUCAAAGUCGGAGCAUCUGAAGAAGUUGAUUGUUAGGGAUUGCAAAAGCUUAGUUGAAAUUCGCUGCCCGAGUAAAUUCCUGAAGUGCUUUGAUAGGAGUGGGUGCGAGUCACUCAAGAAAUUACCAGACUUUAUUAUUGAGGAAAGCAACGGCGAGAAGCUGACUGAGGAUUAUCAAAAUUAUUCAGAUUCUACGUAGGAGGAUUAUGAAGAAUAUUCAGAUUCUAUGGAGGAUGACUAAGAUCUGUUUUUGGAGAUUGCUGAAGUCAUUUACUAAACAAAAUAUAUAGCAGCAACUGGAGGAAGUUGUUUGAGCGAAGUAAUUGUAAUGCUUCAGUGUUAUCUGGCUCGUGAUCAUGAUACGAAUACAAAAGGUCAGAAUGCCUCCAAAAGGAUAUCUGUUGUCUUCAGUCAAAUAACAUGAGAUUCUUCAUUCUUGACGUGGUAUCAAUCUGUGUUUGUUUAAAUAAAGCAGUGAAGGUGCCAUAAACAUGUUCUGCAUUUUCUCAAAGCUAGGGCACUAAUGUCAAGAUGAUUAAUCUCCAUGGAUCUGUAUCAAACUUUGCUCGUCGCUUAACAUGCCAAUGUGAAGAUUGCUCUCUCUGAAGGCAUAUACAUGGCCUUGAUCAGGCUAAAAGUAGUAUCAUCAAUGGUCAAAACCAGUACAAAUCAUGAAGCCACUCUUUCCUUGUUUUUCUUCAUGCCUUCAAUAUCAUCUUGCGAUUUCGUACCUUAACAUCAUUCGCAAUUUAUUACUUCGGUUCAGUCAUUGUUUGGUGAUGACAAUGUCUCCACCCCAGAGGCUUUAAAAGAACAGAGAAUUUCCACUGUAUUGUGGAUAACAGUGUAAACAGAAUAUGGAGGAAGCCCUUAAAUCAACCUUAUUGCUUUCAUGUUUUUGGGAUAAACAUGACAAGUAAUCAAUGGGUGGCUAGACAUGUGAUUUGCUUAAGUCCUUUAAUGUUUGAGAGCUGAUCUAGAUCUCCAAUUGCCAUCUUUUCUUGAUCUACAGCUCAAAUCCGAAUUUUUGCUACAGCUGCCACUGAACAAAAUUGGAAAGUCACUUGCAAUAGUUGAGGUUUUAGCCAGAAAUGUGCACUAUUUUUAGCUUGGCUGAUGGCGGGGACAAAAAAUCUGCGGAGCUUGAGUACUACCCUGCUGUUUAUGACUCUGAAAAGAAGUGGGAGGAGCUGUGCAUGUGCGUUUCAGUUUUGUGGAGAGCUUAAAUGGACUCUUGGGGAAACUGGUUGACCACGUGAAUGUAAUGCUUCAGCAUCAUCUGUCUUGUGCUCCUAAUGGGAAAGAAAAUAGAUAAGAAUGCCUUUGGAGUACAUGACAUUGCAUGUCAUUAUAUGUGAUCAAUCACGGAGAGCUUCGCUGCAAUUUCAGCAAUUGUGUGAGAUCCAAACCAAACAUCUGGGAUAUGGCUGCAAGAGGAAUGCUCUUUAAGCCGAUUGCAUUGUGUCGUGUGAUUAUGGGGAUAUGCGUAAGAAGAGGAGAAGGCUAGAAAUCGAGCACAGAGAGAAGGGGAAGAGAUUGAGGGGUCGAGCAUCAUCUGGUGGUCUGGUUCUAUCUUCCUUUCGGUGGACGACGAUGGGAUGACUAAUUCGAAAGUGAGAUUCAUGCUCACUGAUUGCUUUGACCCUUGUGCUCCAGCUUGAAUGGAAGGAUCUUCAUGUUGGGUCUUCAUUGCUUCUGGUUGCCAUAUCUUCAGAGUCCAGGUUACAAACUCUAUGCUAGUCGACUGUUGCCCGCACCGAUGCGAAAUUCAGAGUACAAAGUUGACUAAAUCUGACAAUAAGUGGCUUUUCUUUUAAAUACCUAAAGAUUUCAGUUCACAAAAGGUGUCGAAGAAUGGCAUUGAGUUGUGCUUGAGAAAUAUCUAGUCGCUGGCCAGUUCAACUAUGAAUUUGAAGAUUGUGUCUCUAGCGGGGAUGGGUUAUGUUUGAUGCAGGGGUGGAGACUGCUUUGGCCAACUUAUUGUCUGUUCCUUAGCUUUUCAACAUUUUUUCUUUUCUCAUGUUGGGCAAGAAGGUUGGUCCACGGUUGAUCCCUGAUUCGCCUUCAAAAACUCCAUCUGUGCUGCUUGGGAAGCUUGAUUGUGGAAUGUUAAGGAAGAAGAUCAAUCUUUGGAGCUUAGUUUGGAGGCUUUAAAUGUUGCUGCCAUAAAAUAAGCAACAUUUGUUUUGUCCAAUUUGAUUGUUGGAGAUAAUUAUGUCACUAUUCAAAUCUGCUUUUGUUGAACAAGUGUACUAUAUUUUUACAUUAAUACAUAAAAGGUAGUUUGGGGUGUUCAUCUGCAAGUUUAAGAGUUGAAGCACGCCGGUUGGUAGAGGAGUUACUGAUUUGGUGUUAAUUCUUAUCCCUAGUAGUUUGGUGCAGUAUGUUGUAAUUGGCUUAUGUUGAUGAAGUUACUAUAAUACUUGGGAUGUGACCAAGUAAAAAAGAACUUCUAGGACCUAUGAAAAAAUAAAUAAAUAAAAAGAAAACAAAAGAGAAGGUUGAAAAGUCAACUAAACAAGGGAAGUGGUCGUUGGCUUAAUGGGAGAAAAAAAGAGACGCUUAGCUCCCUCUUAAACUGAGAGCUCAUGUAGAAAGAAAAUGGAGAUAAGAGAGAAAGAAAAAGAUUUGAUUCCGGAGAUUGCUAACAUCUCCUACUAAACAAAAAUAUAGCAGGUAUAGUGCUGUUUUUCUAUGGAGAUUACCUGCUUCCAUUAGUAUUUUCAUUUUGGACGGGGCUUUUCUUUGACAAGAUAUUAUUUUCCUGUCUUAAUUCCAGCAAGUGGAGGAAGUUGUUUGAGCAAAGUAAGUGUAAUGCUUCUGUGUUAUAUGGCUUGUGAUCGUGAAACAAAAUAAAAAGAUCAGAUUGCCUUCAAAAGGAUAUUUGAUGUCUUCAAUCAAAUAGCACGAGAUUCUUCAUUCUUGACAUGGUCAUGGAAAUGGGCAGUGAAGGUACCAUAGAUGUGUUUGGCAUUUUCUCACAGCCAGGGCACUAAUGUCAAGAUGAUGAAUCUCCAUGGAUCUGUAUCAAACUUUGUUCGUCGCUUAAUAUGCCAAUGUGAAGGUUGCUCUCUCUGAAGGCAGAUAUAUGGCCUUGAUCAGGCUGAAAGUAUUAUCAUCAAUGGUGGAAAUCCAGUACAAAUCAUGUUGCCGCUCUUUCCUUGUUUUGCUUCAUGCCUUUAUUAAUCAUCUUGCAAAUUCGUAUCUUAACAUCAUUUGCAAUCUAUUACUUCAAUUUGGUCAUUGUUUGGUGAUGACAAUGUCUACGCCCUAGAGGCUUUAGAAGAAUAGAGGAUUUCCACUGUAUUGUGGAUAACAGUGUGAGAUCCAAACCAGAAGUAUGGAGGAAGUCCUUAAAUCAACCAUAUUGCUUUCAUGUUUUUGGGAUAAACAUGACUAGUAAUCAAUGGGUGGCUAGAAAGCUGCCACUGUAUGGAAUUGGUUUCAGCCAGAAAUGUGCACCAUUUUUGGGACAAAAAAUCUUCAGAGCUUGGGUACUACCCAGCUGUUUAUGGCUUUGAAAUGAAGUGGGAGGAGCUGCGCAUAUGAAUUUUAAUUCUAUGGAGUGUUUAAUUGGUACUGCAUCAGGAGUGAGGACUUCCUACUAAAACUGUAAUCUUGACAUAGGAAUAGCUCACUGGCAAUACGAGGAGGGCAAAUUGACUUGGAAGAUAGUUGUCAUGUUCUUUUAUUAUCACUUGCACAGUAGUUUGAUGCGUGUCUUUGAAUCCUGACAAGAGAAAUCACGUUCUUUUAUUAUCAUAUUCAAUUGAGAGUACUCAUCU